GCUCUAGGAUUGAAGGAAACCGACGUAUAAGACAUGGUCUCUGAAGAUGACUUUUCACUACUUUACGGUUCUCUCAACAGCCCUAGCACCUCUCAAUCAAACCCCUUCAACCCCCCCCCCCCUCUUCUCUCAAAAUGUUCUCAAAAAUGUCUGUUCGCCUCUUCGCUGUUGCCUCUUUUGUCGCUCUCGUUGCCUUCGCUCAGGAAGGCACUGAUUCAUGCUUCGACGGCGGCCUUUCGUGCUGCAAGAGUAUUAACGCUGACGACCAGGGCGUUGGCUCAGGCGUGGGUUGUUCCACCAUUGAUUACCCGGAGGAGUGUUCCAAGGUUCUCGCAUGCUGCGAUGACGUAAAUGGCGAUUCGGGCACAAACUGUUUUAGCCUCUAGAUAACUAGCAUGCCCUUGGUGAUAAUGGGGUUGGAAACUCGUUCAUUUGAUGAUGCCAUUUGCAAAAUCACUUCUAGAGACCAGC